UUCCCAGGGUUCACUGAGCGCUGUUUGCCCCACCCCAUCUAUCUCAUAUACUGUUCCCGAAGAGAACAUUUAUACCUUCAAGAAUUGCUUAUACGCGUGUUUAAUCAUCUUCCACGACCAGUCCAGGAGGGAACUGUCUUCAUCGUGGAAUGUGUUAGUGCAACACGCGUCAUAUUUAUGAAUGUAUAUGCACAUGUAAACUCUACCAUUCGAGUUCAGAAGGAAUAUAAAACUGAGACUGACAGCGGGCUAUACCUGCAAGGAACGGGACAAUUCGAAGGAUUUUCGUGUUUUCGUCAUGUUUAGAAGAAUCAGAACCCAUUUAUUAAGAUUUUAUUGGGGGCUGUCUGAGCGCUAUUAGGAGCCUUGCUGAUGUGAGGAGCGAUACAAAUUUCGGCAACAAAAGAAAAGACAGCGAAGGGCCUUUGGAUUGAGAAAAACCAGCAAGGAACAGCCAUCACAGAAACGGGGGAAAAUCACGAAAAUUGAAUUAUUUUGGGGAUCUAAACUGAACCGGACUCACCGUUUAGAUCGAGGAUCAUAUUGUGGAUAUAAAAUGAGUUAAAUGAAGACGGAAGCAAGGGAAAUAUUACACAUGUAGUUCGUUAAGUGUAAAUAUAUAUAUAUUUUUCCUCCAGUCUACAGUCUCUGCGCGUAGAAAGGCCGCAGGAAAUACGCCUUUUCCCAAAGAGAUGUUUAUUCUAACCCGUGUCAAAAAAGAUCCGGGUCAAAUUUUACAGUCGCGUUUUUGUGCUAUACCGAUUUUCGGUCUCUGUCACAGGCAACAGUGAGACCCGUGCCGUUCGUGAGCUGAAAAUAGGCUUUUUAUCCUCUCUUCAAUUGAAUGUGAGCGAGGCAAAACCCUCAAUCAACCUUUAAACCUGUGGAUGGUCAUCUAUAUCGGCAUAUAAAAGCUGUACGUGAAGAAGGAAAAAGCCUAAUAGAAUUGGCCAAACUGAGAGGACGGCCUGGGUAUCGUCAUCAACAGUCUCCUGCCCUCUGACAGUAAUAUCAGUUGAAAAAGACGCAUUAUAUACACACAUACUUUACAAACGCAAUAGGACAACGUUUUAAAACAGACGUUAGUUCGACGUAACAUUAAACCACAGCCUGUAUACAUGUCGUUAAUAUUCGUCUCAAUUCCGUCGGUCAACCGAGAGAUCUAGGUUAGUUAUUUUUCUUCUCCACCUUCCCCCGGACCCACUUUCUUGCGGGAAGAUGGGUUGUUUGGGCAACAGUAAGACUGAAGAUCAGCGAAAUGAGGAGAAGGUACAAAGAGAAGCCAACAAAAAGAUAGAGAAACAGCUUCAGAAGGACAAACAGCUAUAUAGAGCAACUCACAGGCUACUACUUUUAGGGGCUGGUGAGUCAGGGAAGAGCACCAUAGUGAAGCAGAUGCGAAUCCUCCAUGUGAAUGGCUUCAAUGCAGAGGAGAAGAAGCAGAAGAUUCACGACAUCAAGAAUAAUAUUAAAGAAGCUAUUGAGACCAUAGUAGCGGCUAUGAGUACACUGACGCCUCCCGUUCAGCUCGCCAGUCCACACAACCAAUACCGGAUCGAAUAUGUCCUCAAUUUAGUCAGUCAGAAGGACUAUGAAUUCACAUCUGAGUUUUAUGAGAAUGCGAAGACUCUCUGGCAGGACGAGGGCGUGAGGGUGUGUUUUGAGAGAUCCAAUGAGUACCAGCUGAUCGACUGUGCGCAGUACUUUCUAGACAAGAUUGAUAUUGUGAAGCAGAGUGACUACACUCCCACUGAUCAGGACCUACUGAGAUGCCGAGUGCUCACCUCUGGGAUCUUUGAAACCAGAUUUCAGGUGGACAAAGUCAAUUUCCACAUGUUUGAUGUUGGUGGGCAAAGGGAUGAACGUCGGAAAUGGAUCCAGUGCUUUAAUGAUGUAACAGCCAUUAUUUUCGUGGUGGCCAGUAGCAGCUACAACAUGGUGAUCCGGGAGGACAAUCAGACCAACCGUUUACAGGAGGCUCUCAAUCUAUUCAAGAACAUUUGGAACAACAGGUGGCUGCGGACCAUUUCUGUCAUCCUAUUCCUCAACAAACAGGACCUGCUAGCGGAGAAGGUGUUGGCUGGGAAAUCAAAAAUCGAAGAGUAUUUCCCAGAGUUUGCACGCUACACCACACCGGAUGAUGUCUCUCACGCUUCUAUAGCAACACCGGAAGCAGGGGAGGAUCCGCGUGUCACAAGGGCAAAGUACUUCAUACGAGAUGAGUUCCUGAGGAUCAGCACAGCCAGCGGAGACGGCAGGCACUAUUGUUACCCCCAUUUUACCUGCGCCGUCGACACGGAAAACAUCCGCCGGGUCUUCAACGACUGUCGGGACAUCAUUCAGCGGAUGCACCUUCGGCAGUACGAGCUCUUGUGAUGGGAGGGGACUGCAACACAGACUCAGAACCCCGACCUCCGGUCCCUCCCUGACCCCCCCUCCCUGGAACCCACCCCUGUCGCCCUGACUCUGUGUGCUCUUGGGGACUCCUGAAGUCAAACUAGACAUGAGAGCUACAGCGCAACAUGGAAAUUGCUAUUGAAAUACUGCAAAACACAGAAUACAUCCAAGCCAGAUCAGCUGAACUCCACAGCAUUUUAGCACUGUGCUCAAGACUUGAACCCAUUUCACCACACACACACACACACACACACACACACACACAGGCGCGAGUACGCACACUGACAUGGCACCGGUCUGUCUUUCUUUCACAACCUCCGUUCAUAUUUUGACACAGACACACACUUAGGCACACUUAAUCUCAGUUUACCCAUAACUGCUUGCAUACAGAAAAAUAACCCCACACGCUUUUACUCGACUGCAUGGUCACUGGUCCUGAACUGAGCAAGUCCUGAGUCUUAGCUGCUUGCUGGCUGCAGCCACAGAUUGAGUGGCUCAGUGUUUUCAAUUAAUCACAGCCAAGAUACCUACCAGGAGCAAUUUCAAUGACGGACAAUGAACCAGAGAAGCAUCAUGGUGAGCGGGGUUUGGGGGAAGGGAAUAUUUAUGUGAAUUUGGUGGAGCUUGGACACCAUGACACCCACAGGAUUGUCACAUGACUUUGCCUUGUUGGUACAGCAGCGGAAGGAGAAAGGCCAACGUUCACAGAACUCAACGGAGUGCAAAGCUCAUAUACAGUACAGUACCAUAUAAGUUAAGAGAAGUCUGAUCAGCCCCGUUUCUGUCUCCACGGUUUGUUUUGUCUGUGUAGACUAUUGUGCCAUUAUGCCCUGUGCGCUCUUACACACACUCUCUCUCUCGCCUCUUUCACUCCUCCCUAUCCUUUCUCUUAACUUCACCACAUACCAUGCACUGUUACUUUACUGGCAAUGCUCUUUGUUAUGUUUUUAAAGAAAAAAUAUCCUGAAAUUAAAAAAAGAGGAAGAUAACGAUAAAUGGGACACUAAUCUUUACUCAUAUGGUCACUCUCCCGUCACCCCCCUCUCCUUGGUUUCCUCCAUUUCCCUUAUCCCCCCUUUCUCCUACCCUACCCCUCUCUCCUACCCUACCCCUCUCUCCUACCCUACCCCUCCCUCUCUCCUACCCUACCCCUCCCUCUCUCCUACUCUUGCCCUCACUCCUGCCCUAGCCCUCCCUCUUGCCCUCCUACCCUACCCCUCCUUCCCAGGCUCUUUGUAUCUCUUUAAUUUACUGCUGAACUAUUAUUCUUGUACAGACUGUAAAAUGUAUUAUUUUGUACAACUUUAUUGAAAAAUGACUAAGAAGAUCCCUGUGCCUUGAUCACGACUGUACGUGUAUAACGAGCUAAAGUGGGUGUUAUACUGCGCUGUAUGGAUUGGCCAGUUGCCCCCCUCUCUCUCAGGGAAGGGGAACAACCAUUCGUAGCUUUGGAUUUUUAAUUUCCCUCCCCUAUCUCCCCUUUAUGAUUUAAAUGUCUAUUUUUGGAUCCAUAUACCAAAAAAUAUAUAAAUAUAUGAAAUGUCUAUGGAUUUAAAAAAGUAUUUUAUUAGUAUCAAAGAACCUUGACACAUUUUGUAGUGUGCCUAUUGCUGUAACUUAAAUUCUUUUCGUUUAGGUUUUGUUCAGGUUUUGUUUCAUUAGCGAACAACAUGAAGGGGGAGUUUAUUUACCUUUUUUUUUCUUUUUAUAGCUUAAGGUAAAAGGUCAUGACAAAUAUCCAAAUGCAAAACAUUGCUUGUUUCUACAUUAUUUUUCUUUUGCUAAAGAUAACAAACAAUUGUAUUGUUUUGGGGUCCUUCCUAGUGUUGCACAACAGACGGACUGUACAGUAUUACACUUUCACUUCAGUGCCCUAGUUUUCAUUUACUGUGUACAUCAAAAAUGGGUCUCUACUUUCAGAAGAGGAGCUCUGCGAAAUAAAGGUUUUUGGUGCAGACA